UUUCUUCUAUAAAAAAUGUAACAAUAACAAUUGACAAUUUGAACCAAUGGGCAAGUGUGCACCAUGUUGGAGUAAUAAAGUUUAGCAUUGGAAAAGGAUCAAAGAGAAUAUACUUUCAAUCUUACAGAGUUUCAUUUGACUUUGGUAAUUAUCUAAAAGUAUACACGAUUUAGCGCAAAUCUCCGUUUAUCUCUGCUGUUGUCAAAGUUGAGAUUUUGCAAUCCCAUUAAUAAAAAGAAAUCAAAUACCCAACAAGCAAAAAAGAAACCCCUUUCUGUCCAAUUACAAAAGUCAACUCCUGUUUUGUUUUUGUUUUACUUUCUGCUGAAGAAAUGUUUUAAAUGUAUAAAUUUGUAUACUAUAUAAUAAGGAUCCAUAUUGGCGUGGAAGAGAUACAUAGAUAGAUAGGCAUCAACAAGGUUCGUGUAUAGAAACAAGAAAGAAGAGGAAUAGUUUAUCAAAUCGAAUAGAAUGGAGAUUGAAGAAGCGAGUCGUGGUGAAAGUGGGCAUGUGGUGUGCGGAUCAUGGAUUCGUCGACCGAAGAAAGUAAACUGGGCCAUCAUCGCCAAAGCUACCAAACGCCGUGGCUCCUCUUCUCCUCCUCUCCUUAACAUCUACUCUUUCGAUCCCAUCACUACUUCUCUCUCCUCCUCUCCCUUGGCAACACAUACACUCAAUGAGAGUGAUGGUGAUCCUGUGGCAAUCUCAGUGCACCCUGGCGGAGAUUAUUUUGUUUGCUCAACUUCCAAAGGUGGUUGCAAGUUGUUUGAGAUUGCCGGAGGAGCAACAACAGGUAUUACUAUCUUAGAAAAAGAACUCCCUCCUCUCCAAAAUGCUGGACUACAAAAGUGUAUGGCCUUCAGCUUUGAUGGCUCUAAAUUAGCUGUUGGUGGAGUGGAUGGAUGUCUGAGAAUUAUGGAUUGGCCAAACCUAAGUGUAAUCUUGGAGGAGCCAAAAGCACACAAAUCCAUUCGGGAUAUGGAUUUCAGUUUGGACUCAGAGUUCUUAGCCACAACAUCAACAGAUGGAUCAGCUAGAAUAUGGAAAGCAGAAGAUGGUUUCCCUUUGUCUACUUUGGAACGUAGUGGGGAAGAAAAUAUUGAACUGUGCCGGUUCUCUAAAGAUGGAACAAAACCUUUUCUGUUCUGUGCUGCUCAGAGAGGUGACGUUCCUGUGGUAAAUGUUUAUGACAUUAGUACAUGGAAGAAGCUUGGGUUCAAGAAGCUGUCAAGGAAGAGUGCAUCUACAAUAGCAGUCAGCUUGGAUGGCAAAUAUAUUGCUUUGGGUGGCAAAGAUGGGGAUAUAUCAGUCGCUGAAGUGAAGACAAUGGAGAUAUACCACUACAGUAAGAGGCUGCAUCUUGGUCAAACCAUUGCUUCACUUGAGUUCUGCCAUAGUGAAAGGGUAAUGCUGACAACAUCGAGUGAAUGGGGUGAGAUGGUGACAAAACUCACUGUACCAAAGGAGUGGAAAGAGUGGCAGAUAUAUGCACUGUUAUUUUGCUUGUUCCUGGCGUCAGUGGUACUUGCAUACGUGUUCUUCGAGAACUCGGAUUCGUUUUGGAAGUUGCCAAUGGGGAAAGAUCAAAGAAGACCAAAGAUUAGUCUUUUUGGAGAUUCAUCCACGUCUACUAAGGAUCAUAAUAGGUGGAACUUGGACCUAUAGAUAAAGAGAUUUAUGUAUAUCUAAGAAACCUUUUCUGUUUUUUUUUUCUCUUUUCAAAACUUUGUUGCAUGUUUUUUCCUUUCCCCGUUCUCAUCAUUCUGAUUUAUUUUAUUUUCUCUCAACCGUUCCUCUGUAUUCUGAUUUUGAACACACUGAGAAAUUUUUCUCUAACUUUAGAAUUCAACAUAUACCAAAAACGCAGAAAAAUUAGUGGGACAAGAUUGUACUUGGGGCUCAAUGUCUUCUUUUAUAACCGUGGUGUAUGUUAGUUCAGCAAUUCCGAUUUAGUUGGUUUAGACUUCUUUUUUUUUUUUUGAGUUUUUGCUGUGUUUGGACUUUUAAUACUGGUUGACUUGCUGU